CGCAUAUUUCCCGCGUGACAGAAGUUAGAGGUCGCUGUAGGAACUGUCUAGGGAUAAUACGCAGUAGAGGCAAUGAUUUUGCGCAUCUUGAAAUAUUAGGAUAUGUGGUUAAAUUGUGCACAUAGUCGUGCAGACCGGGUCAAAGGGAGAGACAGGAAUUUCAAGAUUUCAUGUGACUUACGUGGACUACAUUCGAACCUACCCGCAGUUAAAGAGAAAAGCACAAUUAUUGUUUUGAGAAAAGAAUUUUGCUGGUGCCACGGUAACAAUAUCACUGAAAAGCUGAACGUACGAAAGGAAAUUCUCAAAAGCGGAUCAAGAUGCAGGAAGCUCAACCGAAGAGAGGCAAGAAAGCAAGAAGAAAGCGCAAUGAUAGCGACGAGGAUAUCGACAAAGUAUUGGCUGAAUUGGAAUUGGAGUACUCUGGACAAAAGAAAGAAGUACCGAACGAACCAGUCGAGCAACACAGCGACGCUGAAGAGGAUAAAAAGAAAAAGGAAAAGAAAGGUAAGAAAAAGGAAAAGACUGAAGUUAUCGAUAUUAAAGAAGAGCUAAAGACCUCGGAGGGUCUAGAAGAGAACGAUAUGGACGACGAGAUCGAAGUUAGCACCGUAAAAACGGCUGCACAAAAAAAGAAAGAGAAGAAAGAGAGGGAAAAGCAAAAGAAAUUAGCCCAAAAGAAAGCGGAAAUAAUAAAGAGGGGAGAAUACAAUGAAAAGAACGACGAGGAACCUUCGACCAAUGAAAACAAGAUGGAAGCGAAAAAGGAAACAAAAAAAGAAGCGAAGAAGGAAUCGAACAAAGAACCGGAGGUGAAGAUACCAGAAGCUGCCGAAACGGAUGGCGUUCUACUCGAAGGCGAGGAUGGAAAAAAGAAAAAGAAGAAAGGAGCGAAAGAUGCGGAGAUUAAAGACAAGGAUAAAGGCAAAGGCCCUGGAAAGAAGACCAUCGCUGCGAUGCAGGAAGCAUUGAAAAAAGUGAAGGAGGAGGAGGAAAGGAUGAAGCGUGAACAGGAGGAAAAACUGAAGCAAGAAGAGUUACGGGAACAGCAACGACUGGAGCAGAUACGACUCGAACAGGAACGUAAAGAAAGGAAGAAACUGAAGGAAAAGCAAAGAAAGGAGAGACUGAAGGCGGAAGGAAAGCUUUUAACGACGAAACAAAAGCAGGACAGAGCGAGAGCGCAAGCCAUGAUCGCCGCGCUUAAAGCUCAAGGUUUGGAUUUGCCGGAAGUAGGAGAAAAGAAGCCUAGGCCAGGAACGCGUAUAAGGCCGAAUAAAUUGAAACAACAAGCGAGUGUCGACGAAAAGGAUGACGAUAAAGUGGACGACAGCAUGACGGAUGCGGAUAAAGUUGAAGUAGAAAUUGUAGAUCAACAGAUGAAAGAUUCGGAGGAGAAGAUCGAGGUUGUUAAAGAUUCGUGGGAUGCUGAGAGCAGCGAAGAAGAACAAGAAGAAGAUAAGUCGGACGACGUACCGAAAACACCGGACAAGGUAACAGAGACGAUUCUCCCAGCUGGAAAGACGAAACGAACCGAGGAAAUCAAUAAAGAAUCUUCGGAAAGCGAAUCGGAGAGCGAGAGUGCUAGCGAAGCGGACUCCGAAGAGAGCGAAGAUGACAGCGGAUUGGAAGACAAAGUGUCGGACGCGGUGAGGAAGAAGGAGCGAGCCAAAGUACGGAUACAAUGUCGGAGGAUAGAAGCGGAGAAAAGGAAGUCGCUGGAGAAUCUCAGGGCUGCCGUAGUUUGCGUGUUGGGUCACGUCGACACAGGUAAAACCAAGAUUUUGGACAAGUUGAGAAGAACGAACGUACAGGACGGCGAAGCAGGAGGUAUUACACAGCAAAUCGGUGCAACGAACGUACCCAUCGAUGCCAUUCAAGAAUCAACGAGACACGUUAAAGGAUUUGCCGAUAAAAUAUUCAAAAUUCCCGGACUCCUGAUCAUAGACACGCCUGGCCACGAAUCUUUUAGUAAUUUAAGAAACAGAGGAUCUUCUCUUUGUGAUAUAGCGAUAUUAGUAGUAGACAUUAUGCACGGACUAGAGCCACAGACUAUCGAAAGUAUAAAUCUACUGAAAUUGAAGAAAUGUCCGUUCAUCGUCGCUUUAAAUAAGAUAGAUAGAUUGUACGAUUGGCAAACGAUGAACCGGAAGGAUAUACAAGAUAUUGUAAAAAGUCAAGCUCCCAAUACGCAACGCGAAUUUGAGAAGCGUUCGAAGGAAGUAAUUGUGCAAUUUGCGGAACAGGGACUGAAUUCCGCCUUGUUCUACGAGAAUCCCGAUCCCAGAGGUUACGUCUCCCUCGUUCCUACCAGCGCCAUCACAGGCGAGGGCAUGGGUAACCUGUUGUCAUUGAUAGUGGACGCCUGCCAAGGUCCGCUAGCUAAGAGACUCAUGUACAGCGACGAGCUCCAAGCGACGGUUUUGGAAGUGAAAGCGCUACCGGGUUUGGGUACUACGAUAGAUUGUAUUCUAGUCAAUGGAAUGUUAAGGGAAGGCGAGACGAUGAUAGUUGCCGGUACCGACGGUCCUAUAGUCACUCAAAUACGAUCGCUCCUUAUGCCGCAGCCGUUGAAGGAGCUUAGAGUCAAGAGCGCUUACAUCGAACAUAGGGAAGUUCAAGCGGCUCAGGGAGUGAAGAUCGCCGCGAAAGACUUGGAGAAGGCGAUCGCAGGGCUGAAUCUUCAAGUGGCCCAGAAGCCCGACGAAGUGGAGAUAUUGAAGGAGGAGAUCGCGAAAGAGCUGAGCAGCGCUUUAGGCAAUAUACGUCUCGCGGAACGCGGCGUCUACGUGCAGGCGUCGACCUUGGGCGCGUUGGAGGCGUUAUUGGACUUCUUGAAGAGCAGCAAAAUACCGUACGCGGGAAUUCGUAUCGGCCCCGUUGUCAAGAAAGACGUGAUGAAGGCUUCGAUCAUGCUGGAACAUGACAGCCAGUACGCCACGAUCCUCGCGUUCGACGUGAAGAUCGAGAGAGACGCCCAGGAGCUGGCGGACACCCUCGGGGUGAAGAUAUUCCAGGCGGACAUCAUUUACCACCUCUUCGACAAGUUCACCGCGUACAGGGAGGAACUGAAGCAGCGCAAGCGGGACGAGCACAAGCACAUCGCCGUGUUCCCGUGCAAGCUUCGCAUCUUGCCGCAGCACAUCUUCAACUCUCGCGAUCCUAUCGUGAUGGGCGUGAUGGUCGAGGCGGGAAUCGUUAAGGAAGGAACUCCUCUCUGCGUGCCCAGCAAAGACUUCCUCGAAUUGGGCAUGGUCACGAGCAUAGAAUACAAUCACAAGCCCGUCGAGUCGGCGAGGAAGGGUCAGGAGGUCUGCGUGAAGAUCGAGCCGAUUCCGGGAGAGGCGCCGAAGAUGUACGGCCGUCACUUCGACGAGAAGGACUUCGUCAUCAGCAAGAUCAGCAGACAGAGCAUAGACGCGUGCAAGGAGUACUUCCGGGAUGACCUGGUGAAAACGGACUGGCAGCUGAUGGUGGAACUAAAGAAGCUCUUCCAGAUACUCUAGGAUCGGUUGUCGCGUGGGUACCGUGAGGAUUCAGCGGCGCGGCGUGGCGAAUCGAUCGCGAUCGCGAUCGCGAUCGGCCAACGGAUGGAGCCUCGGCUAGGUGGUCCACGAUCCGCGAACGAGACGAGCACGCUCGUCGAUCGUUCGACAACCCGAUUUGUAAUAUAUGCGUACGUCGAACUUUCCGAUCUCUGCGCCGUUUCGUCACCGAUAUUCGGCGAUAUCUGCGAGCGGUCUCGUUCUUAAAUCGUCCUCGGACGGGCGCUCGCAGAGAGCAGAGAUCCGUUCGGUUCGGCCGAGAACAGCACAAAACUAAUCGUUUUUCGUAUCCUUAAUCUUUAGUUUAGUCGACUGGAUCGCGUCGCGGUUUGCUCGUUCGAGACGGUUCUCGUUAAGGUCGGAGCGGCCUUAAACGGCAACCCAGAAGCCGAGUACGCCUAUAGGCCGUGAAAAGGAACCGGGAGGAACGAAUACGGUUCGUUCCAUCAUCGGUAAUUAGUCGAUGCGCAUCCGUUCUGCGGAUCUGCUCCGCACCGAGGUAAAUUAAGGUGCGCGUUGAUUGGUAAUUUUAAUUGGUACACGCAUUAGUCGCGGUAUCAUUGUUCCGCGGGUAUUCGGCCUCGGCGAACGACCCGCCGACGCGACUCUGCGAGAACCGUUCGCGGUUCGGCGUUCGACUCUGUUCCAUCCCUCUUCGUCGAGUUCCUUCGUUCGUUCUUUCGACGUUUCGUUCCCCACGGAAACUCGAUUCUUACGAAGCGACUCGCGACUCGCGGCUCUCGCGGCCCACGAUUAGAACCAGAACCGGUUCGCCGGUCCCGCGUCGAUGCCGCGCUCCUUUUUCUCGGUCGCGCGACAAUUUAUGAAAUCGUCUUCCGGCGCAAUUUGUUGCAAUUACAGCCACGGGGCCGAAAACGAAUUUUUCCUUUGCAAUAUCGGAGGCGCUCCAAGUCGGCGAAGAAUUCGCCCGUGACAGUUGAUCUACGCAUGUUGAAUAAUUGAUAGUUUAAAGAUGUACGAUAGACAGAGGCCGCUCUCGAGGAUCGGAAUUAGGAUGAAAAUUUUAGGAUCGGAGGGCUUCGAACAAAUUCCCCGUGGGAAUUCCGGACGAAGGAAUCGACGACGCGGGUCGCUGCUUCUUGUCGAUCAACGACGCCGAUGCCUCGUCGACAAAUUAUUUUUUCUAAUCGCUACGCACGGGACUUAAAAGGAAUCGCGCGAUCGCGAGCGAAGAGCAGCUUUCCGUUGGCAGCGUUUUCAGAGCUUCGCGUUCGCGUUCGCGUUCGCGUUCGCAGCGCUUUCGCGGCGCGGCUCCGAGUCCGAGCAUCCUGAUUUCUACGAAACUUUCUAGCAUCCUACGAAACGAUUCGAUGUAGAAGGUGUCCGCGAACGACCACCGUACCCGGAUCCGAUUACGGACGACGCGUCGAAACGGAAGCGCCGUCGUUCGAUCGUCGUCGAACCGGAAAGCGUUUCGUCGUCGCACGCCGACGCUCUCGUUUCGAUUUGCGACCACCCACUGGCGGCGGACGAUUUUAAACACGGUUUUACGAUUCUUAUUUCCGAAAUGGGAAUAUCGAUCGUUCGCGGACACCUUGCGCGCGUCGCAGGCCGCGACGUCGGAACCGGAGCCGUUUCCGACGCCGCGCCCUGACAGCCGACGUCGCGCUGCACCGCUGAAACGGAAGCGACGAUCCGUCUCUCUUGGCGCACGUCGAAACGCACCGGUGCAAUUUCAUUUCCCUUCGAGGAACAACGUUCGAUCGUUCGUUCGGUUUCGGACGUUUCAACUGUAAUACGAAAGUACGCGGUGGACGAUCUUCGUCACGUUGUAACACGCUCCGUUCUUUUUUUCUUCGUUGCACGUGUCCUUGCGAUCGGUUCAACCGUGCCUCGUACGAUAGUCCUGCACGAUAACCGGACACCGCGGAUGCGCGCGGUGCAAGCAUAGAUUUCUACGGACCAAUUUACAGAAACUAGUAUCGAACGGAUAUUUUAGUUUACGCUAUCGAAGGUUCGAUCGCGAAGUUCCGGCGGAAAGAAACGAAACCGAGCUAAUACUAGACCAGGACACCUCCUCGUCGACCCUUCGCGCUCGCGACCUCGUCGAGGACGAAUUCUUUUAAGAUCGGUGCGUUUUCGAUCUCGAUGCAACGCGCGCACAGGCGAGAGCGCGCGACAAUGCCUUCGGCUCGGGAAGUUCUCCCGGGAGGAGCGCGGUCCUCUCUCUCUAACGAGCUUUCGUAAAACGCGGAGAAUGUCGUGGGUAACGAGCAGGCUCGACUCUUGGGAGCCGGGACACAAGCGUCCGACACCUGUGCUAUCGGUGUCCCAGAUCGCAGGUGUCUCGAGUCUCGUCGUCUCCGGUUCCUGUGCGAGACGCGCCGCUGCUCUCGGUCGUACCGAUCGCGAGAGAGCUCGCUGGCCGGCUCGGCGAGCGGAAAAUCGGGGAAAAACGAUCUUCGCCAAGCGCGAACACCGGCGAACGAUCGAUCGAUCUGUCGGCGACCCUUUCGUUCCGAAAGCCGACCGGAGCGGACCGAGUCCGAUUCGGGUCUCGCCGAGUGCCGAACGCGGGAACGAAGUUUCGAGGCCUCGGAACGCGAUAAUCCGACGCCGAUUACGACGGCCUUCGGCGACGGGUCCGACGGAACGAAAGGGUUGCUGCUCGCGACGAAUUUUACGGAAUCGCGCGUGGCGAACCGGGCGAGCCAGGACGGAUAAACUCGUCCGGGUGUCGGCCUCGGGCAGGAUCGGUUCGUGGAAGCAGAUGCGUGUCUCGCAUAAAGUCUCCAACGUGUUUCCGGUUUCGUCGUCGUCGUCGAGAACCCACGUGCGAACGAAAAAGGGAGAGGGAGAAGGAGAGAAAGGGGAAGGGAAGGAGCGAGAAGGGAAAGAGAAGCGCAAGUGUAGAUACUCGAGCAGAAGGAAGAUAACGAAUGAAUCAGCGAGAAGGAGAAAAUGAGAGUGUGAGAGGGAGAGAGAGAGAGAGAGAGAGAGAGAAAGAGAGAAAAAUGUCCACUUAAAAAAUUAGUACAAUAGAAUUCCAUCGCGUCGUUACAGAAAGAGAAAUAGAGAACGAAUAUAUAGACGCGAGCCUCGAAUGUGUUUUGUAUAUGUACCCACUUUGUAUAAGAUAAUCGAGGGAAUUAUCACGAUCGAAAUAAAGACUACGAGAGUUUCACAAGAAAAGAAAAGAAAAGAGAAGAGAAGAAAAGAAACGAGAA